UGACACUGACAGCAGCAACAACAAAAAAAAAAAGAAAAAAUGUUUAAUUUAUUUUUAAAUUUAAAAAAUCACUAAUUACUAAACAACAUGUAAUUAGCUUGAGGGGAUUCCGACAAUAUGUCCGGUUGUUACAAACGCGUAAACUUUUACGAUUUGUGCCGCCUCUGCGCCCAAAACAUCCAAAAGAACAAAAUCAAAAUAUUCGAGGAGGGCCCCAAGAGCGAUUUGCAUGCGAAAAUCAAAAAAUGCCUGGCAAUAAACGUCAAAGAAGACGAUUUCCUGCCAAAAGUGAUUUGCACAAAGUGCAUAAAGUUGCUUGAAAUAUGCAACGCUUUCAGAGAGGGCUGCGUCAAUUCUGAAACGAUGCUUUCAAGCUACUUCAAAAACUAUAGACACACUGAAGACUUUAAAAAGUCAGGCAAGGUUUACAUCAAAGACACAGUAAAAUCAGACAUAAUUGACCCAAAUCAAUCCCUAAACAAAAAUCCCUCGACAACUCCAAGCAAAAUUACAGUUUUUCAAUCUAAAAUCCUUCCUCCAGCAGCCCCUAUUACCAAAGCAAAACCCAUAAAUAAUUCACCUAAACCAGUAGUUUCAAAUAAGAAAAUAAAGAUGCAAGACACAGCUUUAAUGCAAACAAUGCAACUCGAUUUUAUUAAUGAGGCCCUCAAAAAGGCUGUGCAACAAUUGCCCAAAGAAAUUUUAAAUAAAGUAAUUGUUAAUUCUAAUGGGGAAGUUAUUAAUUUAUCACCACCAGAUUCUUUAAGUAUUGAGGCACCUCAAUUGCCUCAAACUGUUAUAAAAAACAAAUUAAAAAAGAAACCUGUAGUCAAUAAUAUAAUAGAGAUUGAUUUGACUAAAGAGGAUAAUAAUGGGACAGAGAAAGAGGUUAAUAAAUCUAAUAAUGCUCCUGUGCAAAAUCCUACAGUUAUUUUUCCAGUACCCCAAUAUCAGAACAACAUUUACCCAAAUGUCCCAACUUCAGUUAUAAACGUAAUCUGUAGCAACCCUAUAGAAGAAAAUGCUGCUGUUGCCUCAAUAAGUCAACCUUCUAGCAUCAACAUGGAAGAUCUUCGAGGUGGCACUCAGCCUUUUGUACCCAAACCCAAGCACACUAAACCUAAGGUUGAAGAACCCUCAGCCAAAAUGCACACUUGUGAAGUGUGCUCAAAAACAUUCAAGAGACGCGAGCAUUUGUAUCAGCACGUCAAAUUGCACACUGGCUUUAGGCCAUACCAAUGCACCGACUGCAAAAAGACAUUUGUCAGGAAAGAGCAUCUUUUGCGCCACAUGGUCUUGCAUUCUGGCGAGAGGAAUUUCAGCUGUGAUAUUUGCAGUAAGAGUUUUUCCAGGCAUGAUAAUUUACUCAAACAUAUUCGUACGCAUAAUAAAGAAUCAAGUUACACUUGCGAAAUUUGCCAGAAAAUUUUUCUUGUUAAGCAUUACUAUGAUUUGCAUAGGGGUGAGCAUGGCAAGUGUUUUUUAAGAAGUAAUAAUGUUUGUUGAAUAUUUGGCUUAAUAGUCCGGUCUGGUUUGUAUUCCUGUGUGAUUUUUUGGUAUGCAAGCAAGCGGUUUUUUUUAAAGAAAUUCUAAUGCCCUAAGGUGUAACUGUUUUCAGUCGGAACGCUAUAGAAUGUGUCAGUGCCGUGCAGUUGACAUAAAUGUCAUUACCUCAUUUUCAAUUUUUAUUAUUUUUUCUACUACUGUGUGUAAAGUACUCACUUACUCACUUCACGCACUAUUCAGAAGACUAAUGUCAAUGACAAGUGUCAACACUGUCAAUUUGGCAUUUUUCUGGUAAAUCACUUCACGCACUAGUGCGUAAAGUGAAAAUUCUUUACGCACUAGUGCGUAAAGUAUUUGACUAAAUUUAUUUUUUUUACACAUAUUUGAUUGGUAGUAGAAAAAUUUUUGUAUGCAAUACGUGCGUAAAGCACUUUUUUUCACUUAUGUGAUUGUCAAAAUUCACGUUCGUGAAAAAAGGUUCACUUUACACACUUGUUGCAUAAAUAACUAUUUUAAAUAUGGUUAUUUAGUGGUACCGUUGUUAGAUCUGUCCCUAAUUUGUCCUUAUUUAUGUAGGAACAUAUCAAAAAAGAGAAAAAACAACCGAGAUAGAUGAUAGACUGCGUAUGCGCAUAAUUUAAAGUUGAAAAGCAAUUAUUCACAACAUUUGAAAUGUUUUAGAAUAUACAGGCGCUUCUUCAUUUUCGACAUCGCUACUUGCUCCGCGAUUUGAGUUAUUGAUAGAUUUAUUCAUUUCGUAAAGGCGGUUACACACGGACGUGGAUGGCUUGAUACAUAGAAUCUGUUUUUUUUUUAAAGAUAAUUCCCCAAGUCAAAAAUUUAGUAACUAUGUUGGCAACAUAAGCCUUUUCUACAUAAAGAGUUUGAGAGAUUGACAAUUUUACAUUGUAUUGCCAACAUAAUGUCAUUUUGACUUUUAUCUUUAAAAAAAAACAGAUUUUUUCUACUACUGUGUGUAAAGUACGCACUUUACGCACUAUUCAGAAGACGUAAAAUUCCAUUUCACACACUAGUGCGUAAAGUAAUUCACUUUACAAACUAGUGCGUAAAGUAAUGUCAAUGACAGAUGUUGACACUGUCAAUUUCGUAUUUCUCUGGUAAAUUACUUUACGCACUAGUGCGUAAAGCGAAAAUAUUUCACGCACUAGUUCGUGAAGUAUUUGUCUAAAUCUAUUUUUUUACACAUAUUUGAUUGGUAGUAGAAAAAAAAUUGUAUGCAAUACGUGUGUAAAGCACCUUUUUUCACGAAUGUGAAUUUUGACAAUCACAUGAGUUACUUUACACACUUGUUGCAUAAAUAACUAUUAUAUAAACUAUAUAUAAACAAUAUAUAUAUAUAUACAACAACGUCCAUGUCACCUUUGUACAGACGCUCGCACAGAACUGUCAGUCUUGUUACUCUUGCUACAGUAUUUCGAGUGUGCAUGUGCAUUUUUAUUCUCAUCAGUGGAGCUAUCUUUGUUCAGUGAAUGGAAAAUGACAAUGACCAACAUAGAAUGGUGGAUCCAUCGGUAAAAUUUGAUGAGAAUAAAAACACAGGGUGCAUACAAAAUUUCUAGCGAUUCCAGAAUUAAUUUGAGUGUCAUUCUACAGUUUUUGUUUGCACAUUCAUGUAUGUGCGUACAUGUUUUCAGACAUUCACGUCCGUAUGUAACCGCCUCUUGACAUGAAAAGAGUUUUGUAUACAGGGUGUCCCAAAUUCGAGGGUGAGCAUUGAGAUAUCGGAAACUAUUAGAGAUACGAGGUUGGUUAAAAGUGGUAAAAUCAUGACAAAGUUGUGCAAUUUUAUGACCAAUGAAAUGCAGUUUUGAAAUUUGAAAAAUUCCGAAUACUUCUGAAGAUAUUCGGAAAAAAACCAAAAUUUUGCAAAAUCAUUUUUAUUUUUUCCUGAGUCUAUUUGAAGAGCAGUGUCACUUCAUCAUUGUCACUUUUUUCUUAUUACAAGAUGGUACCAUCAUAUUUAAAAUCUGACGUCUCGUCUUUGGGCUACAAUCAUCAACUUCAUUUUUUUAAAUACGGACCCUUAUUUUUUAUUUUAGCUCCUCGAGGUUUCCUCAGACCUUAAGGAAGCCUUGAGCGGUUAGAAUUGACGUCACCAUCUUCUCAAAUAGAAGCAUGUGUCCAUUCUAAACUCAAGACCUCCAGGGAAAACUCAAGUUUUGAUUGGUAAACGAUGAUUUAUUUCCAAAAGCCAGUAAAACAGCAUUCCAAAAGGCUAUCUAAAAUUUUUCUUACCCUUUUCAUAGGAACUUAUUCCUAUGGUGAUAAAGAAAUAGUUCUUGAGUUCUCUCCUAUUCCAGUGUAAAAAUAAGUUUCGAAUCCAAGUUUGUAAAUUGUAGAUUGUAUUUUUGAAGUCGUUACAUCUUGUUCCAGCUGCUCAAGCACUGCUUCCUUUUUGCCAAAACCAAAACGUCAGUAUUGGGAAAAAAUAUGUUUAAUAUUCACAUAUUUUGUAUUGAUAAAUGCAUAGCAUGUAAUAUAAGCUUUGUCGCUUGCUCCUUCUUGAUCAGAAACUAAACUGCUAGACAAAUGUAACUUCAAAUUCCAAUAUUACGCGAACUAACAAAGAUACCAGUGAGCAGUUUGCGAAAAUAAACUUUUGAAUUUCGCAAUCACUCAUUGAUAUCUUCUUCAGCUCGCGUAAUAUUGGAAUCCAAAGUUAAACUAAAAAUUCACUUGUUCCGCUUCAUUUGUCCAGCAGUUUAUUUAGUUGUGUUGAAAUGCCUGUUUUAAAUGAUAAUAUAUUUUGUUAACAAUAAUUUGCAGUAAACAGCGAGGUUUCGCAUAGUUCCAUGGUCGUGCGCUAUGUUCGUCUAAGCAUGUUCUAUCGCUCAUGGGCGUACGCAUAUAAUUUCUAAAAUUAUAUAAAAUGUUAGCAGUAAUCAUGAUUUUGUAUAUUUUAUGUCAAACAUGAAAUUAAAGUGAAACAAAUUGUAACGGCGUAAUAGGAUGCCUCUAAAACCGCUCAAAAAAUCAUUUGAUCUUAUUUUCCCGUACUGUACGCAUCUGACACAUAAGUUGGCGUUCCGACUGGACUUGGAAAUUCUUUAUGAUACAAAUUUUAGUUUAAAAAAAAACCGCUUGCCUUGCAUACCAAAAAGGCACACCGGAAACCAAUUUUGAACAACUCGUACAGGACUAUAACUACAGAUUUAAAAUGGUUGUAGUAUGUUCCUACUCUAGAGGAUUUUAUUAUUAUACAGGGUUUUUUUUUUGGAUGCUUAUGAUCUCAAUUUAAUAAGGUUUUUUUUUGGUUAAACCAAAAACAAAUCAAUUAAGUAGGUGUGGGUUAUGUUCUAUUAAUAGUCUAUAAGUUAAUUUAAGUAAAUUUCUAGUCAUUCUGAUAAAACUAAAGCUGAUUGGUUUAUUCACUUUCUUAGGUAUGUUCCUGCAAAAAUCACAGUCAGAAAACUAGUUUCAACCAAUGAACUGGUUUGUGAUUUCUGCAAAAACAAAUCUCUAUUGGUCAGCUAAGUUAUUUUUGAACCAAUAUAAACUGAAUAAACCAGAUCUACGUAGAAUACUGUAAGUAAACUGUAUCCAUUAAAAAAUAAAUAGUUAACUUUAUUUAAAAUAAAAUAUAAAACAUUCUCUAUUGCCACGUUCGUUUUAAUCCUGCAGUGUGAUCAAAUAAAACAGGAUUCCUAAACUCUCCCUGCAUAUCAACCAUGUAAUGGAAUUUAUGGUUUUUGACUUUCAAAGGAAGAAAUGCUACUGAUGCGGAUCUGGCUUGGGUGGCACUGAUGUUGUUCACAUCUAAAGUGAACAUUCGGUUUUUGCCAAAAGGUCCAUAAGUGACAAUUGUGGCUUCUUUUCCACCUUUUCUCAGGAUCAGAUAUUUUACUGCUCUAAGAGUGUAGAUCCAACUUACUGAAAGAAUACCCCAACCUGAA